AUGCGUCUUGAUCAACUGUGGUCCCACGCGAUUACAUUCAAGGAUGAAUACGUUAGCCCCGAAGAUGCGAGAGAGAUGGAGAUUUUUCAUUCGAUGUCUCACCAUCAUUCGAUGCCCCACCGCCCAAACUUCUUUCUUGGGCAAAAGUACUUCGGCCUCCAUCUUCAUAUGUCCAACUUCCCCGACAGUUCUCAGACCUCUGCAUUCCCGUACAUUUUUCUUGUCAACAUGGAGAAAACAAUAUUCUUGAAAACCUCUAUUCCAUACCUGGACUCCCCUACGAAAAGCACGUCGUACGAUGAGCUACCUACUUCGCCCCUAGUGUUAGUUGUGGAUUCCUAUCCCGAUAACCUCGUUAUCAAAUACCUCGUGGCACCUUUUGCCAAACACCUCGUAAAAACCAUCUUGGCACUCCUGGCUUUUCUCUUUGGCUCGCUGACGGUGUGCGGCCAUUGGAACUCUGAGGAGGUCUGCAGCCUGAGAUUUCACUACAUGGCAUUUCUCAUUGCGGUGGGAAUCCUUGGCUUAACGGGCUACGCCUAUCACCUUCGGCGAACGCUCGAAAAGGAAGGGAGGAUUUCGCGAAAGGCUUAA